GUCUGGACAUUCGUACCUCAUACCAUCGCUGGCACUUGACAAACCAUAAGACGCUUCGCAAAGGGCCUACGAGUUACGAAAAGGCUGAAAAUCACGAUGACUACCCAUGUUAGCAAUGCCAACAUUCCAGCUAUCAAGGUGGAGGACUUUGAUAGUGGUGAAGGUCUUGUAAGUGGGUCUACAGCUGCUAACAAUAUGGAAAUACUAAAACACAUCAAUGCUUUAUUAGACAACUCCCUCAACAUGACGAACCUUGCAGGCAAUAUGCUGCCACAGGACAGGGCCAGAGAAGCCAUGCCACAGGUGCCAAUGUAUGCUGCCAACCCUUCAGCUGACUACCAGUCCCUGGUUGGCUACAACACUGUUCCACAGUCAUCACAGGCUACAACUGCUUACCCUGUCCUCUUCCCUCCAGGCUUCCAGCUGUUUUCCCCAACGUCGCAUGCUGCAGCAGCUGCCUCCCUACAACAAUACGGCAUGUACAGCCCCACCGACACCAUGGGCUACACCACCCCACAGCGAUACCCAAGGGCCAUCAAGGGUGAGAGAACAGCAAGUGCUGCUUCAAGUGAUUACGGAUCCAUGUCUCCAGUUAGCCCAAUGAGCGACAUGAGUCUGUCUCCUAUGGACAAGAUCAUCUACUCCACACUGCUCUCAGGCAACAGGACCAACCGCAGCCCUUCACCGUGUGAGUCGGACACAAGUGGAUUGAGUAGUGAAUGUUCAGAUCCUGCACUCAUUGACAUGAUGAAUUCAUUGAGCAUUGGUGGCAAGUUGAACAUCCGUGGUCCCCAAACUGACAUGACAAACCAGUUGUGCCAAGGCAUGCAAUCUGUUCAGAUGGCCAAAGAUGCUCUGGUUCCCCUGGACUCGAGUCAGCUGUUGCAUGACCAGGCCUGGCAUUCACAAGCAAUCACUCCCUUCCUCAACAUGACCAAUGUUGACCCAUAUGCCAUAGACAGGGCUGCCAGACUUCACAGAAAUGCUGCUGCUGUGAGCGAAGCAAGCUGCACAUGGAGUGGUCCACUGCCUCCGAGGAACCACAAGAACCCUACCUACUCCCCGAAAGUGUUCCUUGGAGGUGUUCCCUGGGAUAUCACUGAAGCUGGACUUCAAGCUGCCUUCAACAAGUUUGGAUCUCUCAAGAUAGAAUGGCCAGGAAAAGAUGGAUAUGUGUACCUCCUGUUCGACAAUGAGAAGUCUGUGAAGUGCCUACUGCCUGCCUGUACACAUGAUUUCAGCAAUGGUGACUACUAUUACAAGAUUUCAAGCAGAAGAAUGAGGUCCAAAGAGGUGCAAGUGAUCCCUUGGGUGUUGGCGGACAGUAACCAUGUGAGGUCCCCCUCCCAGAGGCUGGAUGCACAGAAGACUAUCUUUGUGGGAGCCUUGCAUGGCAUGAUCACAGCUGAGGCACUGGCCAGUAUCAUGAAUGACCUGUUUGGCAAUGUUGUCUAUGCUGGCAUCGACACUGACAAACACAAAUAUCCAAUUGGGUCAGGCCGAGUCACAUUCAGCAGCAAGAAGAGCUACAUGAAGGCAGUCCAGGCUGCUUUCAUAGAGAUCAAGACACCCAAGUUCACAAAGAAGAUUCAGAUAGACCCUUACCUGGAGGAUGCCAUCUGUUCACUGUGUAGCAUCCAACAAGGUCCCUACUUCUGUCGAGAAAUGCAGUGCUUCAAGUACUUUUGUCGAUCAUGUUGGUACUGGCAGCAUGCCUUGGACACCAUGAGACACCACAAGCCUCUCACAAGGAACACCAAGAAUUCAAUUCCAUUUUGAGGAAUAGGGUGAUUGGAAAGCUCCCCAACUGGUCCUGGGAAUAAUUCUGUGCUAUCAUGGGCCUGGUUGUAUCAAAGGUUUGUCG